UGUCAGUGCAGUCCAAUUCACAGGCUGGAGCAGCAGCUGCAUCCUGCAUUUCCCCGAAGUAUUACAUGAUUUUCACUCCUUGUAAACUUUACCAUCUUUGUUGCAGAGAAUCGGAAAUCAAUAUGCAUAGCAAAGUCACAAUCAUAUGCAUCAGAUUUCUCUUUUGGUAUUUUUUGCUCUGCAUGCUUUUUGGGAAGUCACAUACUGAAGAUGACAUCAUAAUUGCAACAAAGAAUGGAAAAGUCAGAGGGAUGAACUUGACAGUUCUUGGUGGCACGGUAACAGCCUUUCUUGGAAUUCCCUAUGCACAGCCACCUCUUGGUAGACUUCGAUUCAAAAAGCCACAGUCUCUGACCAAGUGGUCUGAUAUUUGGAAUGCCACAAAAUAUGCAAAUUCUUGCUAUCAGAACAUAGAUCAAAGUUUUCCAGGCUUCCAUGGAUCAGAGAUGUGGAACCCAAACACUGACCUCAGUGAAGACUGUUUAUAUCUAAAUGUAUGGAUUCCAGCACCUAAACCAAAAAAUGCCACUGUACUGAUAUGGAUUUACGGUGGUGGUUUUCAAACUGGAACAUCAUCUUUACAUGUUUAUGAUGGCAAGUUUCUGGCUCGGGUUGAAAGAGUUAUUGUAGUGUCAAUGAACUAUAGGGUGGGUGCCCUAGGAUUCUUAGCUUUGCCAGGAAAUCCUGAGGCUCCAGGGAACAUGGGUUUAUUUGAUCAACAGUUGGCUCUUCAGUGGGUUCAAAAAAAUAUAGCAGCCUUUGGCGGAAAUCCUAAAAGUGUAACUCUCUUUGGAGAAAGUGCAGGAGCAGCUUCAGUUAGCCUGCAUUUGCUUUCUCCUGGAAGCCAUUUGUUGUUCACCAGAGCCAUUCUGCAAAGUGGAUCAUCUAAUGCUCCUUGGGCAGUAACAUCUUUUUAUGAAGCUAGGAACAGAACGUUGACCUUAGCUAAAUUGACUGGUUGCUCUAGAGAGAAUGAGACUGAAAUAAUCAAGUGUCUUAGAAAUAAAGAUCCCCAGGAAAUUCUUCUGAAUGAAGCAUUUGUGGUCCCCUAUGGGACUCUUUUGUCAGUAAACUUUGGUCCAACCGUGGAUGGUGAUUUUCUCACUGACAUGCCAGACAUAUUACUUGAACUUGGACAAUUUAAAGAAACCCAGAUUUUGGUGGGUGUUAAUAAAGAUGAAGGGACAGCUUUUUUAGUCUAUGGUGCUCCUGGCUUCAGCAAAGAUAACAAUAGUAUCAUAACUAGAAAAGAAUUUCAGGAAGGUUUAAAAAUAUUUUUUCCAGGAGUGAGUGAGUUUGGAAAGGAAUCCAUCCUUUUUCAUUACACAGACUGGGUAGAUGAUGAGAGACCUGAAAACUACCGUGAGGCCUUGGAUGAUGUUGUUGGGGAUUAUAAUAUCAUAUGCCCUGCCUUGGAGUUCACCAAGAAGUUCUCAGAAUGGGGAAAUAAUGCCUUUUUCUACUAUUUUGAACACCGAUCCUCCAAACUUCCUUGGCCAGAAUGGAUGGGAGUGAUGCAUGGCUAUGAAAUUGAAUUUGUCUUUGGUUUACCUCUGGAAAGAAGAGUUAAUUACACAAAAGCUGAGGAAAUUUUGAGUAGAUCCAUAGUGAAACGGUGGGCAAAUUUUGCAAAAUAUGGGAAUCCAGAUGGGACUCAGAACAAUAGCACAAGAUGGCCUGUCUUCAAAAGCACUGAACAAAAAUAUCUAACCUUGAAUACAGAGUCAACAAGAAUAAUGACGAAACUACGUGCUCAACAAUGCCGAUUCUGGACAUUAUUUUUUCCAAAAGUCUUGGAAAUGACAGGAAAUAUUGAUGAAGCAGAAUGGGAGUGGAAAGCAGGAUUCCAUCGCUGGAGCAAUUACAUGAUGGACUGGAAAAAUCAAUUUAACGAUUACACUAGCAAGAAAGAAAGUUGUGUGGGUCUCUAAUUAAUAGAUUUACCCUUUAUAGAACGUAUUUUCCUUUAGAUCAAGGCGAAAAUAUCAGGAGCUUUUUUACACACCUACUAAGAAAGCUAUUAUGUAGCUGGAACAAAAAUGCCAGAAGGAUAAUAUUGAUUCCUCACAUCUUUAACUUAGUAUUUUACCUAGCAUUUCAAAACCCAAAUGGCUAGAAUGUGUUUAAUUAAAUUUCACCAUAUAAAGUUCUACAAUUAAUUAUAUGCAUAUUAAAACAAUGGCCUGCUUCAAUUUCUUUGCUUCCUUAAUAAAUUUAAGUUUUUCCCCCCAAAAUUAUCAGUGCUCUGCUUUUAGUCACGUGUAUUUUCAUUACCACUCAUAAAAAGGUAUCUUUUUUAAAUGAAUUAAAUUUUGAAACACUGUACACCAUAGUUUACAAUAUUAUGUUUCCUAAUUAAAAUAAGAAUUGAAUGUCAAUAUGAGAUAUUAAAAUAAGCACAGAAAAUCA